AGCGGGCGGAGGCGAUGGGCGGCGGAGGUUGGCGGAGCUGGAGGCGAUGUGGGCGGACGCGAUGGGCGGCGGAGGUUGGCGGAGCGGGAGGCAAGUGGGCGGAGGCGAUGGGCGGCGAAGGUUGGCGGAGGGAGAGGCGAGUGGGCGGCGGCGACGGGCGGUGGAGGUUGGCGGAGCGGGCGGCGAGUGGGUGGCGGCGAUGGGCGGCGGAGGUUGGCGGAGCGGGAGGCGAGUGGGCGGAGGCGAUGGACGGCGGAGGUUGGCGAAGCAGGAGGCGAGUGGGCAGAGGCGAUGGGCGGCGGAGGUUGGCGGAGCGCGAGGCGAGUGGGUGGAGGUGAUGGGCGGCGGAGGUUGGCGGAGUGGGAAGCGAGUGGGCGGAGGCGAUGGGCGGCAGAGGUUGUCGAAGCGGGAGGCGAGUGCACGGAGGCGAUGGGCGGCGGAGGAGCGGAGGAGCGGAGGCGAUGGGCGGCCGAGGUUCGCUGAGGCGAUGGGCGGCCGAGGUUGGCGGAGCGGGAGGCAAGUGGGCGGCGGCGGAGGUUGGCGGAGCGAGAGGCGAUGGGCGGCAGAGGUUGGCGGAGCGGGAGGCGAGUGGGCUGAGGCGAUGGGCAGCAGAGGUUGGCGGAGCGGGCGGCGGAGGUUGGCGGAGCGGGAGGCGAGUGGCCGGAGACGUUGGGCGGCGGAGGGCGGCGGAGCAGGUGGCGGAGGUUGGCGGAGCCGGAGGCGGAGGCGGCGGAGCGGGAGGCGACGGGAGGCGAGUGGGCGGAGGCGAUGGGCGGCGGAGGUUGGCGGAGCGGGAGGCGAGUGGGCGGAGGCGAUGGGCGGCGGAGGUUGGCAGAGCAGGCGAGUGGGCGGAGGCGAUGGGCGACAAAGGUUGGCAGAGCGGGCGGCGGAGGUUGGCGGAGCGGGUGGCGGAGUUUGGCGGCGCGGGCGGCGGAGGUCGUGGUUGCUGAUUCCAGUGUGGGAGACGGCGGACAUAGCCAGACCUUCGGAGCGCUGACCAGACUGGGGUCAACGCUGUCCGCUCUGACUCUCUGGGAGUCAAAGCGGUCUGGGCUAUCAGAGGUCUGAUGCGUUGGAGCAC